UUCUUUUCUUUUCUUUUUUUUUUUCCCUUACCCUUUUCUUUGGUUUUAUUUGUUUCCCCCUCCUUUCUCCCGAACCCUCGAUACCCGUUUGGUCGUUGAAUUGAAUCGAAUCAUUUUCCCAACCCAUUCCGGUACCAAGACAGAAACGCCCUUGUCCGCCCACACCACCUUCGCGCGCUCAUCAUUCCUUUGCCCUCUUCUCAUCCCUGUCGAGAACGGCGAUCCACACCCUUGACGCCUCUCAUCCUCUCCUGGCUGACUUGCCCUCUCGUCUCCUCUUCCUCUUGCUUUCUCCUUCCUUCUCUCUCACCUAUCCGUCCUUCCGCCAUUCUCCUCGGACGCUGUUUCUCUCUUUCCCCUCGACUCGUUCAAGGGGUUAGAGACUCAAACCCGCCGCCCUUGCCAUGCACAAGAUUUCCAACUUUACGGGUCAAGCCCGUCAUGGCUGGGAGCGAAUGACGCCCACGUUUGGCAUGUCCAGGCCUCACACCGAUAUGGCAUCGCACUCGCUACGUCGACCUCAUGGCGCACCACCCAUGACACCGCCAACCGGCAUCGACCCGACCGUCAACCUUUCCUUUAACGUGCCGUUUUCUUCGACGUUGGGCGGUCCCGAUGUGGAUGAUGUGCUCCAUGCAAGCCCAGGUGCUCUGCAGCGCUGGACUUUUCCCGAAGGCACCCUCGAAGGCACUCCCGUCCACAACUUACCCGUUCACACCAGAAAUGUCGAGGCCUUGCGGAGAUUGUGUCGCCAAAUCACCGAGAGUAGUAAUGGGAGAAUCGAGGCAGUCGUGUUCGGUUCGGAACCCAAGUCCGUUGCGUCCUUACAACGGCGACCUCAAGGCUUGGUAACGAACGUCUGUAUCACCGGUGAAGGCGAGACCGUGCGCAAAAUGCGGGCCAGGAUCCUGAACGAGACACCUAUCCUGUUGCGCUGUGCGACCGUUGAUGUGGAUAUGCAUCUCAUCAUGGAUGGGUCCACGAAAGGAAUCCGACCGAGCGUAUUAGAACACCUUGAUACCCUGUCCGCAUACACCGGAACGGACAUCUUCCUACUGAGCCCCAAACUUCGAGAUAACGAUAGCGCGGUGGUGUCUUCUUAUGGCUAUGCCUCUGACAAUGGGCUGGACCAACGUUUCCGGGUUUCGAUUUACGGUGACAUGGAGAGCGCUGAACAUGCCAAGACCAGGGUAUUGAUCAUGAUCGAUCAGAUCCUUAAACGUCACGUGGACGCUAUGAAGCUAGAGUUGACCAUGCAUACAUUAGUCUGUGGUCGCACUCGCAAAAACAUCAAGCUUAUCGAGGCCGCCACGGGUACUGCCAUUUACUUCCCGCCUCCCUUUCCUCGCAUCUUCGGAUACACGCCCCCAGGCGCUCACCGUCGCAGUGAAGAUGAGGUCUAUAUCACCGGUGAUACCCAAGAGCAGAUUGCUCGAGCCAAGCAAAAAUUGAGAGAACUUGUCAUGGGCGUCAAGAUCUAUGUCAAGGAUGUCAUUGUCAAUUCUAACAAGAUUGACAACAUUUUGCUUGACCGCUUGGACAAAGUUCGAAAAGUGAUGGAGAUGAACGGCUCUUACGUUCUCUUCCCUCAACUUGGCAGCCAACGGGGUCUUGUCCGUAUCCAAGGCACCGAAGUGCUGCAUGUGGAGCGCACUGUGCGGGAGAUCAUGGCCUUGGCUGGUCAAUUCUACAGCGCCUCGUGGUGGAUUAUCAUGCCGGAUCCCUCUCAGGGAACCUUCCGCGCCCCCUCACCCGCCGAUGUUCGCACCAUGCUGUCAGAUAUCUGCACCAAUUCCGCGGCAGAAGUGAGCUUUGACAACCUAACCUUCACUAUCAACGGCUCCGAUGACGCCGUGAAGGCUGCCAUGAUGGUCGUCAACCAGAUCCCAUUCGUCCAGCGGAGUCAAUACCAGAUGCGUGUGAAAAUCGAACUAGCAAAUGAGCACAAAGAGUUUGUCAGCGGCAAGAAGAACGGAAAGAUCAACAAGAUCAUGGGUCAGAGCAAUGUGCAAAUUAUCUUUGAUGGCUUCAACGAGUACAACUUCUACAUCGACGUUUGCGGAAAUCAGUAUGAGUCUACGAAGAACGGUCUCGAUCUCGUCGAGCAGGAAAUGCCGGCUUCGAUCUCGUUCCAUGUGCCGGAUCAAUACCACAAGCGGAUCAUUGGCAUCGGUGGCCAGCAUAUUCAGCGCAUCAUGAAGAAAUACUCGGUCUUCGUCAAGUUCUCCAACGCUAUGGAUCGCGGUGGUAUGGGCAAGGAGGAUGACGACAUCAAGGUUGACAAUGUCAUCUGCCGCACGCCAGCCCGUAACGCACAGAGCUUGGAUCUCGUGAAGCAGGAGAUCAUGGACAUGGUCGAGAAGGUCGACGCAGAAUAUGUCUCUGAGCGUGUAGUGAUCAACCGCCUCUACCACCGUGAACUCCUUGCUCGUAUGACGGAGAUCGAUGAGCUCGAAAAGAAAUGGAACUGCAAGAUCGAGUUCCCCAGCACCGAACUUGCCAGUGAUGUGGUGACCAUCUCAGGACCUGAAUACCAGGUUCCGCAGGCUGUUGAUGCUUUGCUUGGAAUGGUACCGGAGAGCCAUGAGCUCCUUUUCCAAAGCUCUCACGAACUUCGCGAGUACUUCAAGUCUGUGGAGUUCCGCAGCGACGUUUGCGCCAAGCUGAAAGAGCAAUAUGAGGUUGACACUACGGUUGACCUCAGUGCUGACUUUCCCGCCUCCGAAACUGGUUCGGCUGGUUCGGCUUCACCAACUUUGCCUCCCGAGGACCGUGUUGUGCUUGGAUACACGCGGAACAAUGCCGGCGGUCUUAAGGAUGCCAUCGAUUUUCUGAUUUCGCGUCUAGUGGCGCAUGGACUUGAUGCGAAUACCGUUAAAGGGGCUAUUCCGCGUCCUAAAUCUGACUCGUUUGAAGAAUCUCUUCCGUUCUUCGACUCCAAGCUGUUGCAGCAUGCACCGGUCCCUCUUGUUACGGACUCUCCCACCAGACCCAACUUUUCCGACGAGACUAGUGAGCGUGGGUCGAUUUUCGAAAGACUCCGCAAGCCUGGUAGCAUCUCGUCGUUCUCGUCUUUCAUCGGUCGCAAGAACCACUCCGCCUCUCCCGGCUCGUUCUUCAAACACGCCUCCAGCAACGCCUCCAAGGCUUCGCUGGUUUCCAUGGAAUCUCGGGAUAGUGGCUACCGCAAUCCAUGGAAUGAUUCGGGUGUGAAUCUCCCCGAGGAUGAUCUGCCCGUCCUGGGGAGCUCCCACAGCCACAGCAGCAGCAAUGGCUGGCCAGCGCGCUUUGACACGAAAUUUCCAUUCGGUACCGCGCCGGGGGACAUGACUCCCAAGCAUGACCCCCGCGCGUCUUUUGAUAGUGGUCGUCCUAGUACUUCCAAUUCUACUUCUGGAUACCCGGCCCCUAUUGGGCCACCGCGUUAAAACAAUGUCAAUUUGCAGCACUAUACCCCCAAGACCUCUUUUAUUUAUUUUCUUUUUUCUUUUUUUUUGUUUUAAAGGUUUGCAAUCAGCGU